AUGGCUGUCGAUUGCGAAUUCGGCGAGGAGGCCAUACUCGCAAAAUACGAGUUCCGUAACGCGUCUGAUCAAUCGUUUAUCAUGAACCGAAAUAUUCUCAGCUUUUUGACACUCUGUCUGGGCGUGUGUAACGCCAACCUCUCGCAGAAUGUUCCCAACAGUGCCGCUCCAUCUAUCGUCCCCAGUCCUCUGAGAAACUCUACCGGCUUACCACUCAGUCCGCAGACUUGGAAUGCCCUCAAGAUCGACGAUUACCUGGCGCAUUAUCCCGGAGGAUCCAACUUGACUCUGCAGGACUAUGCCUUCUCUCAUCAAGCCCAGAACUUUAUCUGUGGAAUAGGUGAAGGCUGCCAUGCAGGCCAGCUUGGUAAUCCGGUAACAGCGCCAGACUGGUACGUGUUGUAUGCAGCACAGGAAUGGAAUGCAGUCCAAAAUUCAAUCUACACCGCCAUUGGCUUCGCCGUCUCCAUGGUUCAAGCCACCGCCGGAAGCAUGGUCACAGAUUUAUUUGGCACCAAAUCCCACUCUAUCUUCUUUAAAUUGCAAGACAUUUUCGUCCUACUCAGUGCCCUGGCCUUCACGGUUGCUGUACUCAGCAUCAUCAUCCCCGGUCCUCCUGGCCUUAUAGUCGGCAGUGUGAUUGCUGGAGCGAUUGCAGCGGGCACGAGUACCGUGUUCACCGGAAUCAACCUCUACCAAAGCUGGGACCGCACUCCUGAUGGCUUCACUCGGUGGUCCUCAUAUGUUUACUAUCUCUCAGAGUGGCAAUCAAAAGUCCAAGACAAAUUGGCAAACAUGACGAGCACGACUAUCCAAUCCGGCAUUUCAUCUCCCCCGGGUAUCGCAAACGUUCUCAAGGGAGGCAUUUUCCUGAACAACACACAGAUCGAAGAACAACAGAACGUUCAGAAGCAAAUCGAACGAACAUUAACCGUCCGUAUUUUGGUCGACAUCCUUCGAACUCAGGGCGGGUAUGUCACCUACAGCAGUGACCCCUGCAAUGGUAAAGGUCCAAACGGUGCUUGGCACGGAGAUGACUUUCUAUCUUUUUGCAAGAAUGGAACGAUGAUGAACAUUGUCAAAGCCAAGGGCAAAAAAACCGACAACAAAUGGUUCAACGCUCGGGUGAUCGCGGACAAGUACAACAUCAGCACCGAAUAUCUUGUGACUCAAUCAUGGAACUGCUUCCAGAAGUACAAAACCUUCAACUACGAUCCUUACCGCAACGGAACACUCCCGACAGACAUCAACGCAGAAUGUGUUGCCAACCUUCCCGUUUGUGAUUGCACUGAACCAGCCAUCAAACACGCUCGGCGUAAGGGCCACUCCACCACCCGGGCUUGCCGUGAGCAAGGCAAGCUCCCGAUCUAG